AUGCUCAACGAUUCCGCGGUGAAUUUGGACGCCGGUAUCGGUGCAUUCGAUGGGGAGUGCAACAUUGAAGACUUUGAUGACGAGGAGGAGGAUGAGGGUGACGAGGAGGAGGUGGUUGAGGUUGAUCCGGCUGCCGCCGGUUCUUCGUCGACGCCGAAGCCACGCACGGCGAACUACAGCGAGAUUGAAGACGCCAUCUUGGUCCGUGCUUGGAGCAAGGUGGGGAUGGAUGCGUGCACCGGAGUGUACCAAGGCGGCAAGCGCUAUUGGCAGCGCAUUGAGGAUCAGUACCACCAGCUGAAGCCUCGCACGAAGAGCAUGGCGGACAGAUCCUACCGCUCCCUUGAAGGCCGAUGGAACAUCAUCAAGCCGGCUUGUUCUCGUUGGAGUGCUGCCAUGGAUCAAGUGGCCGACAACCCUCCUAGUGGAUGCGUGCCGGAGGACUAUCCCAAGUAUGCUCAACAACGGUACAAGGACAUGGCCGGCUCAAAGAACAAGGAAUUUCAAUUUCAACAUUGCUUUUCCAUCCUUCAACAUCUUCCUAAAUGGAAGUUGCGGGACAACGAGCCAAAGUGCAAGAAGGAGGCACUUCUCACCAUGGAUGAUGAAGCAGAGGACAUGAGUGGGAGAAACACUGGCAAGCCCAAGGGCAACAAGAAGGCCAAGGAGAGGACGUUGGAGACCAAGCUCCUCAUCACCGACAAGAAGAGUGAGGUGAAGCUUGCCAAGGUGCAAGCAAGGAGGGAAGAUGCCAAGUUGAAGGCCGAGCUUGACAUGAAGCUGAUCGCAGCCAAAGAAGCCAAGGCCAUGAAGGAGCUCUUGGCCGAGGAGAGGGAAAUCAUGAUGAUGCGCACCGACGGCAUGGACGAGGAUCAGCUGGCGUGGUGGAACGAGACCAAUGCGGACAUCAUUGCGAGGAAGAAGGCUGCGCGUCAAGCUCGUGCUCAAGGUGAGUCUCCGGCGAGCGGUGGCGCCGGUGGCGAUGGAUCCGUUGAUGCUUGA